AUGUUCCAGAAUAUUCCUAAUUUUCAAAUCGUCGCCAACCCAUUUGCUAUGACCCUAAUCAUGGAUGAAAAUGGAUCUCAAAGCGCUGAUCCGCCGAAACGAAGAGGUGCUGCACCGGGACUCGUGAAAAAAUACUCUUCUUUGCAGGUCUCACAUUAUCCUGUACUAUUGUUUUCGAAUACGGAUACUGAGGAGGAGCCGCCGAGUGUUGUAUGGAAGACAAGCUCAAACUCAGAACCACGCGAGGACGUUGAUCCAGGCGGUGAUCGAGACGAUUAUCCGAAAGCAGCAACUCCAUCACAAUGCUCUCCAACACAUCUACAUCCGCAGUUAUCGUUUAGUUCGGUGGUGAACGCUACGAUGAAGAACGCACACGGACAGAAUGCGGUGAUGCGUUGCGUCUCAUCCGGUACGCCAAUUUCGGCUGCGCAACGAAAAUCACUCUGGAGCACUUCGCUGCAUCAUUCAUUCGAGAAAAAAUCCGCGGCUUCGAUGGAAUCGCUGUACAAUUCAUGUACGGAUCUCGACACAGCGUAUCGCCAACAACGAAAACGUCGAGCCGGAAUAUCGGGUGGGUCGGUGGCAGCACUGCCAAGAAGUUGUGGUCCGUUAGCUUAUGGCGGUGAUAGUGGAUGCAGUAGUGCUGGUGCGGCCACCGGCAGAGGUCCAACACUCGGUGGACGAUCACCGCAGUCCUCAUUCGACUCGAAUACCGAUGUCGCUCAGAUUUCGAUGAAUUGGAUGCGUAUGAACGGAUUGGGUCAAGGAGCGAUUCGACCACUGCUGACCGGUGGUAACACGGCUGUUGCCAAGUCAUCAACAAAUCUCGGGCGAGUUAGUUCGCUACGAAAAAUGCAUGCGAUCUCAAGUCUGGAGGAUCGCGUACCAUCAUCACAUCAUUACGAGUUUGACGAUGCUGUUUCCAAAAAAUCGGUAUCUAUUGCCUAUUCAACCGAUCUCGAAGCACAAAAAGGUGGUGAUGACUCGGAAACCCCGCUUAUGGAGGAUAAAGAGGAAAAUAUAAGUGGUGGUCGCUUGAUAAAACGCGAGAUAUUGCAUGAGAAACGGCGUCAUAUGAGCGAUCGUGCACUGUUUUUUGCAAUUGUUGGAAUAGUGCUUAUGAUAAUUGAAAACGAGCUGAACGCAGCUGGUAUUGUGGCAACGGGUUCCUUAUCUAGUCUAUGUCUAAAAUCACUCAUUGUCGGGUCCACUAUUGUACUUGUUGUUUUCGUUGCAUAUUUUCAUAUCAUUGAAGUUCAGUUGUUUAUGAAUGCAAACGCGGCCGAUGAUUGGCGAGUAGCGCUCACUUUACGGCGAAUGGCUCAAAUAGGAGCAGAAAUUUCUAUCUGUUCACUAUGUCCUCUUCCUUUGGAACUCGGCGAUUGGGGCCGAGGUAAAUGGACCUCCAAGACUUUACACACUUUCAACGUUUUCGUCUCUAUAGCGAUGUUCUUCCGUUUAUACUGGCUGUGCCGGGUGAUGUUGCUGCAUUCCAGGCUAUUCACCGAUGCCAGCAGUAGAAGUAUCGCUGGACUGAAUCGGGUGAAUUUCAACGCUCGAUUCAUCCUGAAAACACUUAUGACACUUUGCCCUGGCAAGAUGCUCAUGAUCUUUACGGCGUUCCUGUGGAUUAUGGCCGGAUGGAUUCUGCGUUUAUGUGAGAGAGAUUAUGCAAGAGAUUAUCAUCGAAAUGAUAUGGACUAUAUUUCCUCCAUAUGGGUUGUAGCGAUUACAUUUCUGUCCGUUGGUUACGGUGACAUAGUGCCUCAUACAAAUUGUGGACGAACAAUGGCAGUCAUAACAGGGAUCCUGGGAACCUGUGCAUCCUCAAUGGUCGUUGCGGUAGUGGCAAGAAAGCUGGAGCUGACCAGAGCUGAGAAACACGUCCAUAAUUUCAUGAUGGACACACAACUCACAAAACAGCUGAAACACUCCGCAGCAAAUGUGCUCAGAGAGACAUGGUUGAUCUACAAAUUCAGAAAGAAGGUUGAAAAAAUCGACUACGCUCGGAUUCGACAACAUCAAAGAAAAUUCCUGGUCGCAAUCUAUGAGAUGCGCAAAGUGAAGCGAGAUCAACGGAAAUUAGCAGAGAAUUUCGUUUCACUCGGUGACGUGGCAAAGACAUCAUCGAACACCUACGACCUCAUCCAGGAUGUUCAUUCCACUCAAGAAGGGCUCUCGCUUCGUAUUACGGCUAUCGAACAUCAACUUUCCGACAUUUCACGUGAAAUUGGAGCACUUGCCGAGAUGAUGAGAUCCCGAAAACGAAGUGUGACCAGUGAGGACACGAGUCCAUCCCGAAACGUUCGACGAAGACGAGAUGCUGUGCAACAAUUCUGA